CCGUGACUUUAUUUGAUCAGUGACGUACAUUGGAUAAAAAUAGCUACUCUUCUGAGAAACAACUCGGUCAUUGAAAAGACGCUUAGAGUAAUGGCGGAGCUGAACGCAUUUGCGAACAAACUUGAGAAGGAACUCACUUGUUCAAUUUGCGAAGAGAUAUUUACCAACCCAAGGACGUUGAGAUGUCUACACAGUUUUUGUUUGGACUGCAUAUCUGCCUGGAAUGAAUCGUGUAAACGACAAACACAACCAUUGAGUUGUCCUUCUUGUAGGUCAUUAGAGAGACUCGAAGGGAAUGACGUGUCUAGUCUUCCUCCUUCGUUUCAUCUUCAACCACAGCUUCAGCUUCUGAACGAUAUGCGAAUUGCUGCCGACAAACAAGAACGACAAGGAGCGUCGGACUAUGUUAACUGCAGUAUACAAACGACUCAAACGGAACUCAACGCUUUCAAUUCGGAAUGUAAAGAGAAACAUGAUGAAAGAGCAAUGGCUAAGAUAGUCAGUGAUGAGGAAGAACGUAAAGACCAACAAAUGACAAGAUUUCUUGAAAAUCUGAGAAAACUAAAGACAAUGCGAGAGAAAGAGCAGAAAAAACAGAAUUAUGAAGAACAACAAGAAAUUGAAAACAUUGCUGGACCCAGCAUCAAAGGUCAAAAAAUCCGAGAUGACAAAGCAUCACUUUCUCAAAGACCACCCGUAAAGAUUUUCAAUUCUGAAGGAAACGAUGUAAUUGGAAGAAUAAGAAUAAGACGAUUCCAAGCAUUUCCUGAAAAACCGUCCAUAGUUUCCAGUAAACCAGUUGCAGAACACUGUAACGCAAGUGUAUGUUCAUCCAAAGCUCAAUUCACACAAAGCGUGACAGAUCGGUCACUUUCUUCCGACUUGCAAAGACUGGAUGAUAURAGUAAUAGUACCCGUCAAGAAUGUGAUCAAUUACCAGACAUCGACUUAAGCGAAGAAAACUGGUGGUUUGGUAGUAUCGAUAGUUUGCAGUGUCUCUUGAACCACAGGAAGCUAUGUCGUAAAAUACUCAUGCUUCAUAGUCUCCAUAUGGUCGUCCUAUUUCGGGCGUCGAAGAAACGUUUUCUGAAGAGAGUUCUUCAAAAUGAUGAAAAAUCUACGUGUAAAGAAGCUCAAACUGCUCACCAAUGAACACGCCGUUCGCGGUAGACUCACAUUAAAAGAUGUCUAUGAGCCUCAGUUUCGAAUCUAGUCGUUCCGCGAACUCCGCUAUGAAACUCGAAUGAACUCAAAGAAUACUCAGAAAUACUGGGAAAAUGCUUCUAACUCUACUGCAGCAAUAUAGACGCUAAUUACGUCAAAAACAACAGUGAUGCCAUAUUGGAUUUUCUCUAUAAGACGAAGAUCAGACCUCCACAAUCAGCUCUACGCUUACAGCGAUAAGUUUAUUGUUUACAAUAUCGAUACUUUAUUUAUUGGAAUUUAGUUUUGUGAAUGAUUUACUGUUGUUUAUCGCAUUUUUGUCUCUAAGUUAUGCUACAUCUAACAAUUAGACCCGAAGCCCGUAGCCCAUGAGGGCGAGAGGUCUAAUUGUUUUAGUAUCCAACAACGUUUUCAUUUGAUUCAAGUUUUCUAGAUUUUCAGAAACAAAAUAUUAUUUCAUUUWUUUGCGAAAGGUGUCAAGCACCACAGUCAGGUUUGUGGACUAUGGAAAUCCAGACAAAGCUCAUGAUUGUAAGCCGCGCGUGGCUGCCAAUUGCGCCUUAAACAGCAGUCCGUGUAAAAUGAUCUAUACAUGUGAAGCGCCUUUGAACUCAGAGGAUAUCGGCGCUAUAUAAAUACCACAUACCACAUACCUACCACAGAGUCUCGGAGGAUGCUCUAAGAAAAGUACCGGAAAACUACUUCAAAGACAUUCCUGCACGGGCUGUAAGAUAUUGCCUUUGCCUGUCUGGUGUGAAACCUUUAGAAACAGGAUGGUCCGGUGACACCAAAAACGUUAUGCAGAGUUUGGUCCCAGAAUGCUUCAAUGGUCAGUUUAUGGAGAAAAUGCGGAGGGAAGUUGGAUAGUCUCUCUUUCUGUGGGUGAUAUGGGCGUAGCGGAGGAAUUAAUCAGGGCAGCAGUUAUAGAAAUGGUUCAUCAGGUUAAUCGAAAUUUUCUCCUUACAGUCCUCUUCCCACUGAUAGCUCCCAUUCAGUGUUUAUUUCCCAUGUUAGGUGUGUGUUGCUUAGCUUUUACAAUAGCUUCACUACCGAUUUUUGGCAGAAGUUUACUUGCUGAUUAUUGAAACGUUAGCCUUUUGUUCCGGCAAGAAUAGAGAAUCUGGAUUUGAAACUUGCCUUAUUCGUUCCAACAUGACAUCACAUUGCUGCUUUCUCGAGCACAUGGUAAAAGAUAUAUUUGACUGUUGCACUUGGUGAAAGUCGCUGUUAAAGUGGUUUGAUAAAAUUAAACAUCGUAAAAGGAGAAGAAAAAAUCACAGCAAAGAACAAUAUAUAGAUUGCUAUUUUAUUUUUUCACAUUGCUGAGAAGUGAACUAAAGUAAUAAUUAACAUGUUUUUUUCUCAAAGUUACAAGAAUAAACCAUAUAACUAAGCUUA